CAGGACGCUCCAAACAGUCUUUAGUGGGCAAAAUGUUCCACCACCCGGGUCAGGUAAAUGGCUGCAUAUUAGGGGCUGGCACAUCAGGCUGGGCAGCGGACAGAGGCACAUCAGGCUGGGCAGCGGACAGAGGCACAUCAGGCUGGGCAGCGGACAGAGGCACAUCAGGCUGGGCAGCGGACAGAGGCACAUCAGGCUGGGCAGCAGGCAGAGGCACAUCAGGCUGGGCAGCAGGCAGAGGCACAUCAGGCUGGGCAGCGGGCACCGGGCCAUCAGGCAAGGCAGCGGGCACCGAGGCAUCAGGCAAGACAGCGGGCUCCGAGUCAUCUGGCACUACAGCGGGAACUGAGUCAUCUGGCACGACAGCGGGCAUCAGGUCAUCAAGCUCGACAGCAGGCACCGAGUCAUCUGGCAGGACAACGGGCACCGAGUCAUCUGGCACGACAGCGGGCACCGAGUCAUCUGGCACGACAGCGGGCACUGAGUCACCAAGCUCGACAGCGGGCACCGAGUCAUCUGGCACGACAGCGGGCACCGAGUCAUCAAGCUGGAUAGGGAACACCGGGUCAUCAGGCUGGAUCGGGUCAUCAGGCCGGAUCGGGUCAUCAGGCUGGGUAGCGUACACUGGGUCAUCAGGCAUCAGGGCAUCAGGCUGAACAACGG